UUGUCUCAAACUACAUACAUAAUAGUGAGUUGAUCAUUGCAUUGGGUUUAUGAACAAAGAUGUCUCGAAAACCUGUCUCAGCGAACUAUUAUUCAACGGAUUCGGACUGCGCUGAUACUCCGGAAAGACCCCAGAGAGAUCUGUCUUGGCCGGCCAGAUAUGAACGUAUCAACGUGGAUGGCAACCAUCUGAGUUUUGUGUCAGAUGACACAAACAUGGAUGGUCUUUAUGUUGCUGCAAAACCACUGUGUUCAGAGCAUGGCUACUUUGAAAUUGAAAUUGAUGACAAUGGGUUAAACUCGGAGAUAGGGAUCGGCCUUGUACCCUAUACGUACCCACUGGGUGCCAUGCCUGGAUGGGAAGCAUUCUCAGUUGGAUACCGCGCUGACGAUGGGGACUUAUAUAAGGCUUGUUCGGAUGGCAGUACGUUUGGUGCAAAGUGCAACAUUGGCGACAUAAUGGGUUGUGGUAUCAAGUUUGCGAAAAGUGAAGAGGAACGACGGAAGCUUGCUAAUGAUGUUCAGGUGUUCUUCACAAGAAAUGGAAAAGAGGUGGGAACAGUGACUGUUCCGUAUCCCCCGGGGGGCCUGUACCCAGCGGUGGGGAUGCACUCUGACGGGGCGAAAGUGAGAUUGAUACUGGACGCCGAGUUGCAGUAUGAGUUACACGAUAACGAACUCGCUGGAAUGGGACGUGAUGACCUAUCAAAACGAAAUCAGCUCAAGAAGAUUGUAUUGAAUGCUCUGGGACUGAAAACAUGGAAAGAGGUGCAAGAUUCCUACGAUCAGGCAGACAACAUGUUUCAGUACCAAGGUGAUGCAUCAACUUCAGAAGGGCGUAUACAGUUUUUGACAAGCGCUCUUGAACUGGCAAAAAUUGGCAAAACAAAUUGGAGUGUGAACAUCACGGUGAAACGAAAUGGUGUAGAAAUACCCGUUGAUAAGCAGUUGAUGGAGAGAUAUUCUGAUCAAAUACUAAGGAAAUCAAACAGAAAUUUUAAACAAUACACCUCACGAAUUCUGAAAGAAGCAAAACUCAACUAUUGCAAUUGA